GGUGUCCCAAGCAUUCUGUAUUGCAUAUCACUAGAACUGAACAUAAUUGGGAGGCUCUGGACUCAUACGUUAAAACAUGUUGGUGUAUGGUUCGUGGCAGUGUUCGUGAUGUUUAUGAUGAAGGAUCAACACAUGGGAUUAUCUGGAGAUCACUCGUGCCACAUUGGCCUAUUGGAAACGAGCUCUGUUUACAGUGUGGAGGGGAAUGCAAAAUAAAAUGGGGUCCGCUAAUAUUUGUAUCCCCAUUCGCUCCGAGGAUUCUACCGAUGCCACUUCGAUAUGUAUGAGGACAUAAUGAACUACAACGUUCCGAUUCAGGACGAAACGUGCGAGAAACAGCACAAUGAUUUUGAUAAACCCCGCUAUACGCCACGUAUUUUGGGAAGGAGAUUUGCCUUGACAUCAACAGCGUAUAAAUUUUUGGAUGUUGGAAUCAACGCGGGACCUAUGUCCUCUGUGGAUAUACUUAUUGGCGAUAACCGAGGCAAUCGGAUAAUUCUGCUAUAUGCAACGUGGGUGACAUUCAUCGAAAAACGUGCAGAUAUACAGCGCAUCGUGCAGUCAUCAGCACCAUCAUCGCUAACGUUUCGAGAUCUGGAGCUUGUUAAAAUACGUGACGCAAAUAUU